CCCUCCCUCUCCCCCUCUCCCUCUCCAGGUGCCUGUGCUGCAGCCCAUGGACCUGAUGGUGGAGGCCACGGCGCGGCGUGUCUUCAGCAACGCACACACCUACCACAUCAACUCCAUCUCCGUCAACUCCGACCUGCAGACCUACAUCUCCACCGACGACCUCAGGGUCAACCUGUGGAACCUGGAGAUCACCGACCGCAGCUUCAACAUCGUGGACAUCAAGCCGUCCAACAUGGAGGAGCUGACGGAGGUGAUCACGGCGGCCGAGUUUCACCCGCAGCAGUGCCAGACCUUCGCCUACAGCAGCAGCAAGGGCUCCAUCCGCCUGUGUGACAUGAGGCAGGCGGCCCUCUGCGACAAGCACUGCAAAUACUUUGAGGAGCCCGAGGACCCCUCCACCCGCUCCUUCUUCUCCGAGAUCAUCUCGUCCAUCUCUGAUGUCAAGUUCAGCCACAGCGGGCGCUACCUGAUGACCAGGGACUACCUCACGGUGAAGGUGUGGGACCUGCAGAUGGAAAACAAGCCGCUGGAAACCUACCAGGUCCAUGACUACCUAAGAGGAAAGCUUUGCUCUCUGUAUGAGAACGACUGCAUCUUCGACAAGUUUGAGUGCGUCUGGAACGGAUCAGAUAGUGUGAUCAUGACCGGCUCCUACAACAACUUCUUCCGGAUGUUUGACCGCAACACCAAGCGUGACGUCACCCUGGAGGCGUCCAGAGAGAACAGCAAGCCCAGGGCUAUCCUCAAACCCCGCAAGGUGUGCGUCGGGGGGAAGCGUCGCAAGGACGAGAUCAGCGUGGACAGCCUGGACUUCAGCAAGAAGAUCCUCCACACCACCUGGCACCCCCAGGAGAACAUCAUCGCCGUGGCGGCCACCAACAACCUCUACAUCUUCCAGGACAAAGUCAACUAGACCCUCCAUCUGCACCCUCUUACCGCCCCGAUCCGUCCACCCCCCCACUACGGCUACUCCCACCCCCCGUACCAGCCCUGAACCCCGCUCGAGGGAGUAGGGCCAAGAGAGAGGCGCAUGGAGGAGGAGGAAGAGGGAGAUUGUGGACGGAUUUGCUCUUCCUUCCUCCUGCUCGUCGUGGUUAGGUUUCACAGCUCUCUUCAUCGCUUAAGGCGGUGCAGAGCAUCCUGGGAAAGGUUGAAUGUCCGGUAGGGUAUCCUGUGACUGGUUUUGACACUGAGGGACAAAUUGGACCGUUUGGAAAGUGAAACCCUAUCCCAGCCUGGAUACAGCCUGGAUAGAAAACCCGAUACGUCUACGCCCGGAAUGAAAAGAUCACACGAGACAAAAAAGAAACCUUGCACAAGCUGUUUUGUGUUUCCGCAACUCUUAAGUCGUUGAAUUUAAUUUAUUUAGCCACACAGACACCCAUCUCCCCCCUCCCCCCCCCCCCCCCCUCGAAUAGGCCAUGAAUCUGUGUCCUUGCAAAGAGCACUGCUGGAAGAUCGAAAAGACAAUUAUUUUACAAAAAAAAGACGGAUGUGAGAUCUGUGAACAAAGAGCACAUGGAAGAAGGAAGGAAUCUACAGCAAGCGAGGGAUGCUCAACGUGACACACGUGCCGACAGCACCCCCUGGUGGCCGUUCCGCUAAUGCUGCGGUGCAUGCGUUUAACCCGAAAGGUUCUCAGACUAGAGAUGUCAUCACGGGGCCUCAGCAGACAGUGCCACCCCCACUCCCGGUGGUGAUCUGUCUGAAUUUGGACUGUUAUACCAAUGGAAAAUGAUCCAGAACUUAUUUGCUUUGGUAGCACUUGAAAUCGAAGACAGCAGCUGUUGUGUUUAUGCCUGUGACUUAACUUGUAUUAUUUUUAGUAUUUUUAUGUUAAUGUCCCUCGAGUGAGAAACGUGUGUGUUGUCAUUGUGAAGGAGGAAGAACCAAUGGUCGUUCUUCGAGGUCGUCGUCAUUUUUAUCGAGUCCUUCCCUCUUGGUCAAACGAUUCUGUUUAGAAGCUGUGGUGCCUUCUUUUUAGUAUUUGGGGGUUUGAUGUAAGGGUUGGGGGCGGGGGGCGGGAGGGCUUCGACAAAGGCAGGAGUUUUGAAUGUCUUUCAAUGAAAUGUUAUUUUAGGAUUUCGUUCUUGGUUUUUCGUUUUUUUCAUUCUAGAAAAGGAAGAGAUCGCACAGAGAAAGUACAAAAGUCUGCGGGUUUGGCGCGGACUAAGUGUGUUUAAGGGAUCAUCUGUCCCACUGUGACGUCCACGAAACAAAAACGACAAAACUGUUUUCAACAAAUUAACUCAAGCAGAAACCACAAGUUAAUUAUAGUCAGUGUCAACGAGCUUCUGACCAAAUAGAUCCACACUCUCUUUCUCUCUCUCGUAAUGUUUUACACUUAAUGCAGAGUCAUUCCAAACUAAUCCUUAGUUGGUCCCGGCACCUUCAUGAAGCGGCUGUUUGAUCGGUAGGACGACUCUUAUCGAGCAGUCCAUUGGCAUUAGACCAACGGUGUGUUUAGCUCCAGACAGGUCGGUGUUGCAUGCGCUGCAUUUGGAUACCUACACCAAGAUGCUAUGCAAGGAAAGUGUUUUCAGCCCGUUGUCCUAUAAAAAGUAGCCUGUUGUUUACACGCAUCGAGUUUCAGCCGAUUGUCGAGGCCAUUUCAUGUUUCUCCAGACGGAAGCAGGUUAUUUUUGUCACUGAUCUGUGAUUUCCUUUGGGACGUUUGACCCGACCAGACGCCUUGAUCGAGGGAGGGAUGGGAUUUUUUUCUGGUCCCGUAGGAAUGAAAAAAAAUAACCGACAAGACUCUGUGAAUUCAGGGAAUUAUUCAGCGUGGUUCCUUUAAACAGUACGUCUUCUAAACAAAUCCUUGUGAAUCUUCUAAUUGAAAAAAAUGUUUUAUAGCUCAGAAUGUAAUGAAAGGCAAUUAAUUACCAUGCAGUCUUUAUGCUUACUGAACUUUCUUUGAUUAAAAAAAGAAUAAAGAUGUGCAAGUUGAA